GUUCGUGCGCCUUUGGGUCCCUCUGAAAACGCAUACUUUAUGGGCUUGUGCAGAACGCAAUCAACGGCCGCAAAAUCCGACGUGGAGAAGGCCAUUUCGAAGUUUCAGCGACAGGUGGCAGGAUGAGCAGGUAUGGCAGCAGCUACGGCGGCGGCGGCGGCGGCGGCGACUUCAACAGGGGACGGGGAGGCGGCUACGGCGGCGGCGGCGGCAUGGGCGGCCGCGGUGGCUACGGCCGUGACAUGGGCCGACGAGCCGAGCCCGGCGUCGGCGGCGGCGCCGAGCACCUUGCCCGCAUCCACGGCACAGAAGAAGACCGCGUCAACUGCCCGUUCUACUUCAAGAUUGGCGCCUGCCGGCACGGCGACCGAUGCUCGCGCCUUCACAACAAGCCCGUAUUUAGCCAAACGAUCCUGGUCAAGCACAUGUACCAGAACCCGCUCUCGGUCAUCAUUGCGGCCAACGGCGACCCGUCGCAAUUGGACCAGAAGACUGUCGACGAAGACUUCGAAGACUUCUUUGAAGAAGUCUACGAAGAGCUGUGCAAGUUUGGCAAGGUCGACGAACUCAACGUGUGCGACAAUCUGGGCGACCACCUUGUCGGCAACGUGUACGCCAAGUUUGACGACGAAGAGUGCGCCGCUGCGGCGCAGAAGGCGCUCUACGGUCGCUUCUACGGUGGCCGCCCGCUCAUUUGCGAGUUUUCGCCCGUCACAGACUUUCGCGAAGCGCGCUGUCGUCAGUUUGAUGAGGGCACGUGCAACCGCGGCGGCUACUGCAACUUUAUGCACAUCAAGAUGGUGUCGCAUGCCAUGAUGAUCGAGCUCGAGCGCCAUUACAACAUAAAGAAGGACGACAAUGAAGAGAAGGGCCGCAGCAGGAGCAAAAGCCGCAGUCGUAGCCGUCGGCGCCGAAGAAGUCGCAGCCGCAGUAGAUCAUCCAAGCGCCGUCGCAGUCCUGAACCGCAUCGACGCGACUAGACUGGGCCAUCCAUUGGCUUCAUCAUGAGUCUGUCGCUCGACCAUUCACCUCCAUCCUGCGCGCACUUCCUCACUUACGCCUGGCCGGAGACUUCGGCAUCAAACAGGAAAGCGAUCGGCUCAUACUAUAAAAUAUAAAGUUAACAGGGCUUCCAUCGACUCGUCGCCGUCGUGCAAGCAGCACGAACACCGACGCCGCGUCGACUUCAACAGGGACAGGGACACAGGUGCUCCACGUCGUUACUGCCGCAGCUCCUGACUCCUCCCUGGCCUUCCUGCCCG